GUAAACCGGCGAACCGUAUGAAUGCAAAUAAGAUGAACGUUGUCGCUUCCUAGUUUGGCAAGUCACCGCCGUACCACACCUCAGCUGCAUCGGUCACGUGAUUUCUCCUAAACGAUCUCUGCUGCUUGACUCUGCUCGAGACUGCUGUUUGUUGACGUCUUCGUGUUUUGCCUCUGUAGAAUCUUUGAAGUGACAAUGGCACCAAACCUUGCACCAGUUGGAGGCAUCGCUCUUUUUCUGAGCUUAGGCUUUGGCCUCCAUCUCAUAUACCAGUUAUACCAGGUCAUGAAGCAGCGGGAGAAGCCUCACAGACAGGAAACGACGAGGACAGGUCAGAAUAAAGCUAAAAAUGUUAAACUCUCUGCAUAUGAACAACGCAUUGACGCUCACCGGGUUGACCCGCAGGCCAUGCAGAUCACAUGGAGGGAUAUCGCAGGUCUGGAGGAGGUGAUCAAUGAGCUAAUGGAGAAAAUUAUCUUCCCCGUUCAGAACAGAACUCUGUUCAGGGAAUCCCGACUGCUGCAGCCACCCAAAGGUGUGCUGCUGUAUGGACCCCCAGGAUGUGGUAAAACACUCAUUGCCAAGGCGACAGCAAAAGAGGCAGGCUUUACUUUCAUCAACUUGAAGCCGAGCACACUGACAGAUAAAUUUUACGGAGAGUCCCAGAAACUGACUGCUGCUGUGUUCUCACUGGCGUCCAAAUUAGCCCCAACGAUCAUCUUCAUUGACGAGAUAGAUUCCUUUCUGAGGAAUCGAUCCAGCACCGAUCAUGAAGCCACAGCUAUGAUGAAGGCUCAGUUUAUGACUUUGUGGGAUGGACUCGAAACAGACCACCAGUGCCAGGUGAUCAUUAUGGGAGCCACCAAUCGUCCUGAGGACAUAGACCCUGCCAUCUUGAGGAGGAUGCCCACCAAGAUCCACAUCAAGCUGCCUAACUUUGAGCAGCGCAAGCAGAUACUCAGACUGAUCCUGGAAAAUGAGAAGGUGGAUCCACUGAUUAACUUCAGCCACAUCGCUGGGGAAACUGAGGGUUUCUCAGGAAGUGACCUCAAAGAGAUUUGUCGUGAGGCAGCACUGCUGUGUGUCCGAGAAAUCAUGGAUUCUGACACCCUUUCAAUUGACCACAUCCGUCCAAUUAGUCAGGAUGACCUCCAGAACGCUACAAGAAAGAUGAAGAAGUCCAAGAUUCCUGGUGGCCACAGCACAAUCUUUUCAAUUGACCCCAUCCGUCAGACUAACCAGGAUGACCUCCAGAACGCUACAAGGAAGAUGAAGAAGUCCAAGAUUCCUGGUGGCCACAGCACAAUUUUUUCAGAUGACCCUAUUCGUCAGAUUAAUCAGGAUGACCUCCAGUCCAACACUGCGGGAAGAUAUGGCAUGCUGAUGUUGUACAUAAUCAUAUUUCAAAUCAUAGUAAUUAUUUAUUUAAUUUUUAGGCACACUGAAAAUAAUUAUCUGUUGAAUUAACUUGAAAAAAAAUAUGUACAUCAAUUGCACACAAUAAGUGUUUUUGUUUUUUUUGGGUUUUUUUUGCUUUUGUGCUUAGAAACAUAUAAUCAUUUAUGCUUAGAUAUAUAAUCAUUUGUGUGCUGAUAAAAUAUCUUAUCCUUAUUAGGUCUGAUAAGAGUCUGUGUACACUUGUGUACCAUGAGAUGAGUGGAAGCAGCCUGGACGUUAUAAUUUCCAUUAUAUCUGUAUAAACCAGACUGUCUUGUUCGUUAUCUCAAACUGUAAGACUUCACACCUUUAAAUGACCCAUUUCAAGUUCUUGUUUUUAUAGUUUAGCAAGACGUUUACUUCUGCUUCUCUGCAUACAGUUUAAGUUCAUUGAGAGGUCAUAUGUCUAUGUAUAGUAUGGCUGGAAACACACACACAUGCACCUACACUCACAGGAUACGGACACUGUAGUUGUUGUUCAGAUAUGCUGCUUAAGAAUGCCACAUGUAUUUGUAAUUGCAUAUUCAUGAAUGAUUGCUUGCUGACAAUAAAAAGGGCUGUAGCGAAGGAAUCAGUCGAAGUUGGCUAA